AUUGCCCCUGUUUUGUAACUCGACAAUUGAAAAAUCGAGUUUUAAUGAAUAACUCGAUAUUUUUAUAGUCGAGUUAGUCUGACACUUCGAAUUUUUCCCAAUAAAAAAAUGUUUGGGCAGACGGACAUAACUCGAGAAACUAGAAGUCGAGUUAUUCUCAGCGGUUUGAAUCAAUAGGACCCUAACGUCUCACAACGCUAUUCAGUCACUCGCUCUUCCUGUACACUCUCUUUCCCUCGCUCUCUGCCAUCACUCUCUCUCCACACUCUGUCUCUCUCGCUCUGCGAUCAGGCUUCCCCACUCUUCCUCGAGUCUCCAUCAGUCGUCGUUGGUUCCCGCCGCCGCUGAUUACAGAUAUGCAGGCACUAGAUAGAGUGCGGCCUGGACCCGAUGUGGAUACCCAGUUGGCCCAGCAGCCGAAUCAUCGGUCAAGUCCGCUUUGGAGUUGCGCCGCUGACGAGGAGGUGCCUGGCAUGAUAAAGGUUCGACGCCGUAAAUGUGUAUUGCCACAGGGUGGGUUAGAUCCAUGUAUCAUGCAACACAUAGAUGCAGCAGGGUUGAAUGGUUUAUUCAAGGUUCCUGAUAUGGAGGUCGACCACGCCUUGAUCACGGCGUUGGUUGAGCGGUGGCGUCCGGAGACGCACACGUUCCACUUACCUCAUGGAGAAAUGGGUAUCACCUUGCAAGAUAUGGAGGUGAUGCUGGGGCUUCCGGUGGAUGGGUUGCCUGUCACUGGGAAGACAGACUACAUAUGGAAUGAGCUGUGCGAACAGUUGUUGGGCCAUAAACCUCCACCCCCGAUACCAAACUCAAACAAGUCUAUCCUUGCUGGGGCGAGGAUAAGAUACACCUGGCUUGAUGCACAGUUUGCCGAUCCCUUAGUUGCGGACGCUGCUGACGAAGUCGUGCAGCAACAUGCCUGCUACCACCUACUUGUACGGAUGGGGGCCCUCUUGUUCAUGGACAGGUCUGCGGACCGGGUCUCACUGCUGCCUCUGCAGUUGCUCAACCCAGUCAGCAAUGCGAGACGGUAUAGCUGGGGUAGUGCAGCAUUGGCCUGGCUGUAUAGGCAACUUUGUGGUGCAUCGAAGAAGGAUGCGAUGCAGAUUGGAGGAGCACUGUUGUUGGUGCAGCUAUGGGCCUAUUCAAGGUUGACACAAUUAUGCCCUGUUGUGAGGCCGCCUCUACCACCAGUGCACUCAGGGCCCCUUGCCAUUAGGUGGAGCGGGCCAAAAUGCACCGCAGAGCAUGCCACACACGUCCUUGCUGCGUACCGGGCGUCACUGGCUACAGUACGGGCCGAGCAGAUUGUAUGGGAGCCGUAUACGCAUACGCUAGGCUCCCUACCUGCGUAUUGCACUGCUGGGCAGCAUAUUUGGAGGGCCGAGGUGCCGUUGAUAUUCUUUUGGAUAGUGGAGUGGCAUCAUCCUGAGCGAGUCCUCCGUCAGUUUGGGAUGAAGCAACCAGUUCCAAGUGUCGUGGAUACGUCAACUACCCUUCACAAGAUAUCCCUUCAGGGUAAAUGGGAGAAGAACUGGGAGGUAGAACAUGAUCCCUUUAUUCGGCAAUGGGCCAACCGAGUGAAUGUAGUUCGUGGGUCCGAUCUCCUAGACGAUGAUGAUACGUAUCUCGUUGAGUACAUGAUGUGGUACAAUCGCCACACAAGGCGGUACAUAACACCAGAUUCCGCAUAUUGGGAACUCAUGGUUCGGACGAUGAUUAGGUCUAUACAGAGGUGCGAUGAAGGUUCUGACAUGCACACUGACCUUACAUUUACACUAGAGCUUGUGGAGGAGCUAGGCCGACUUAAAUUGGCGAAUGCGCUUGCAGAAGCAGUUGACAUUGAUACACAGGCCGCAGUUCGUGGCGGGCAACGUGGUGGGUCUCGUGGGGGUGGACAUCGUGGAGGUGGUCAAGCUGGUCGCAGCCGUACGACCGAGUCGGCUCCCAUCUACGAGGAAGGGAAUGAGGAGGGUGUAGAAGAGGCAUGGCUUGGCACUGAUUGGGUACUGUCUGAUGACGACGGCAGGACACCGCGAUGUACGCCUGGUGAUGGUGCUGGGCCAUCCCAUACCGUCGAUCAUCAGGGCACUGUUCCAGCCCACACUACAUCCCAUGGUGCUAGCACGGACUUUGAGGGCCCUCCUCGUAUGUCGCCCCUAGUUUUCAGUGGAUCUGCCCAUGAUGGUGGAUGCAUAUUUGUCCCCACACCAGGCAUGCCCACCCCACCUCUAGUGCAUGUGGACCCCACCAUGUCAGCUCCAUCUCAAACCCCCCACGGAGAGGCUGUACAGAUUGAGCAGAUACCGGCUGAGGACAUUGAGCCGGUGGAGGCUUUGCGGAGAUCGCGACGCCCGCGUGCGCAUGCUCCCGAUUGCGGGACCGGUGAUGGUAUGUACUUCGUCUACACUUCCCAUCUUCUUGAGCUACUUGUACUGUUCAACUUCUUCUCAGCGAAAGUUUGGAGAACCAGAAAAAUGGCUUCUCAAUGGCGGAGAGACAACGACGAUGGUCCUGCUGAUCGGUCCCCACACUUUUUCAAGAUUAUUUUGCCGAAUGCUGUUCAAGAAGGAAAGCUUCGGAUUCCAGAUAAGUUCGUGCAGAAAUUUGGAGUGGACCUGUCAGAUAUGGCCUUUCUCAGUAUUCCAAAUGGUAGAAAAUGGAAAGUCAAGUUGACACGUAAUGCUGGGGGGGUUUGGUUUCAAAAUGGUUGGUCCGAAUUUGCAAGCUCUCAUGGUGUAGCCGUGGGCCACUUGCUGGUUUUCAAAUAUGUCGGAAAUUCACAGUUUCAUGUACUCAUAUUUGAUGCCACUGCAACAGAAAUAGACUAUACUUUAGACGACGAACUCCAAGUUCAUAGGAUCGAAGAUGAUGAGAGUGAUGACAGCUCUAUUGAAAUCAUCAAACACUUUUAUAGGGGAGAGGGUUCAGGAUCAGCCCAUCCUAAGAAAGACGGUGGUGUAGCUAAAAAUCUUGUUAUAGCCAAUGCUUUUAAAUCAGAAAAUCCCCUUUUCACUGUUAUCAUGCGUCCAUCCUACGUUAAUGGCAAGGAUCGUGCGGUGAAAAGAUGUAGAUCAAAUAGAUACUUGUUGCUGGAAUUACUUGUGGCUGGACAUUUUAGUUUACCCCAAGACAUUAUCAACUACUUACCAAGAGACGGGUUUACCAAGGACUACACCAAAGCAAGUAUACUCCCUGUCAAGCUCCAGAUUGUGGACCGAGUAUGGCCUGUGAAGCUAUACAUUUAUGAACGACGUGGGGGUUCAUCAUGUGUCGUAUCAGCUGGUUGGUCUGCAUUUGUGAGGGAAAAUAGUUUGCAAGUAGAAGAUGUUUGCGUAUUUGAGCUGAUUAUGAGGGACGGUGUUUUGUUAAACGUCCACAUUUUCAAGUGCCAAGACUAA